AUGAAGCCCAAGACCAAGCUCUUCCCAUGUCAACCGCAUCCCUCACGGCGCAGACAUCUCGUGUAUGACUCUCAUUCCAUCCGCACCCGCGGCCACCUUCGGGUUGCCAGCCCAGGAUUUCCGGCCACUCCCCUCGCCAGUUCACAGAGACCGCCACCAACGACGGUUCGGCAAGCCGCCGUUACAUCGCCCUCUGAACCGGUGUACGAUGCGACGCUGAGGUACCAACAAUCUCAGUCGAGAGCAGCUAGCGGUGGGCGGUCUGCAAGCGAGUGA